GCCACCGAGUGGGCGUGCGGCGGCGGCGGCGACAUGAGCGCGGCGGGGGUGGCGGCGGGGCCGCGGCCGCGCAGCUCGGGCACCGCGGGCUCCCGGGGCGCGUCGCGCCCGCGCCCGCGCCCGCCGGCGGUCCCCCAGCCCCGGCAGCUCGGCGCGUCGCUCGGGCCCAACGAGGCUCAGAAGCGGGUGCUGGACUUGGAGAAGAGCCUGCAGUUCCUGCAGCGGCAGCACGCGGAGACGCUGGUCAAGCUCCACGAGGAGAUCGAGCGCCUGAAGCGCGAGAACAAGGAUCUCCACUACAAGCUCAUCAUGAACCAAAAGCCACAGAAGAAAGGCAGCACGUCGAGCUGCAGCCUUCAGUCCAACAAGUCCGUCUCGAACACAACAGUGUCGGCCGGCUCUCAGGGCAAGGCAAAGCCCCAGCCCGGGUCCUCUAAAAAGCCAGACUGGAAAGCUGAAGGCCCCCCGCAGCCAGACCUGGAGGAGACCUCGGUCGCCUCCCUGCUUCACGGCGGCAUGGUGGACAAGGCCCUUGGGGUGCAGGGGCCUGUCAAGGACGAAGAAGCAGAUAGCGCUAACGCAGUGCCCCCCUGGGCGGUGGGCAGCCAGCACAAGGGCAUGCAGGUGCCAGGGGCACCCCCCUCGGCGGGCCUGCCCCUGCACCUGCGCAAGCCCGCCACGCUGCAGCAGUGUGAGGUCGUCAUCCGGCAGCUGUGGAACGCCAACCUCCUGCAGGCACAGGAGCUGCAGCACCUCAAGUCGCUCCUGGAAGGGAGCCAGAGGCCCAGGGCCGGCGCAGAGGAGGCUGGGCCCAGCUCGCCCAGAGACCAGGAGGCCCUGCACUUGGGGGCCACGCAGCUCCCCAAGGUCACCACCAAGGGCAUCUCUAAGAAAUGCCUGAUCCUGAGCCGGGCGCCCAUGGCAGAGCAUGCCAUCCUGCCAGCACUGAAGCAGAGCCUCAAAACCAGUUUCGCAGAGCGGCAGCGGCGGCUGCAGGCGGUGCAAGGCCGGCGGCUGCACCGCUCGGUGCUCUGAGCGCCGGGCCCAGCCACCACCCUGCGGGACUGUGCCCCACGGACCCCCAGCGCGCGUAA